AUGGAAAAGAAAAGACCUAAUAACUCUACUUAAGAUGAGAACUCAACUGAGAUAGAUGAUCAGUACGAUUCAGACUCUUAGAUGAAGCAGUCAAAGGAUAAGCCCAGAAGUGGCCCUGUGACCUAUGAUAUGCUGAGGCAAAUGAGUCGUAGAUUCCAUAAUUAUGCACCAUUAAACCCCUUUUACAGAGAGAAAAUACCCUAUAAAACUAUCAUAAUUGCGUUCUUAUUCUUUGUAGGAGGACUUAUAUUCUUAGGUUUAGGAGCUUUAAAGACAAUGGAUGAGGGUUUUUACAAAGCUUACGAGUUAUUCAUAUUAGGGUCAAUUCUGUUCAUUCCAGGCUCCUAUCAUACCUUCAUUGCUUUUAUGGCCUGCCGUAGAGUAGAGGGAUAUUCAUUUGAAGAAGUAGCAGUAUUUGAUGAGAAUUACAACAAGGAUGAUGAUUGA